GUAAAGUGAAACGUAUGCAAGCAUUUUACGACACUUCGUUCUCAGUCGGUAGUUAGGCUUGCUGCAUUUUCUUGUUCUUUUUUAACCGUAACACGUUCUGAUGUGAGAGAGGAAUACCAGACAGUGGAUAUACGUGCAGCAGCACAACAACGGUCGUGUGAGAUAUUUUUUCCCCCCACUUUGAAUCAAAUCUAAUCGAAAGCUUCAAUUUGCUACCUGCAAAAGCAGACACAGAUAUUGUGUAUAGAAUAGAACAGCAGACUUGGUUGGUUUGCAGCCUCUGGUUUUACCCGCAACCCUUCUGUUGGGAUACAAAACACAUAAUAGAAAAUGGCGGAACUUGAGGACGCAGGACUGCCCCAAACAAUGCAGGAGACCCGAGCUGAAGAGGAGCCGGGCAAUUCAAAGGCGGAGGAGAUGGACACCUCAGAAGACCUGCAAGAUGACAACCUGAUCGAGGGGGAACACUUCCACAGUUCUAAUAAUGAGCAGCAAGAUGGACAUUUGGCAGUUAGAAGGAAUGUAAUAUUAGAACGAACAAAAUUCAACCAAAGACAACAAGAAGCAGGAGAGACAGCUGAUGAUUUUAUCACUGCACUUCAUUGUUUGUCAGAACAUUGUGGUUAUGGAGCUCUGCUCAGUGAGAUGAUAAGAGACAGACUAGUCAUGGGCUUACAUGACAGAAGACUGUCUGAGCAAUUACAAAUGGACCCAGAAAUAACACUGGAUGAAGCUGUCACAUGCAUUCGUCAAACUGAACUUUUGGAAAAGCAACAUGACCUGCCAGAGAAUAACUUCAAAGCUGCCAGCAGUGCGGCAAAUGUAGACCGUGUGCGUUCACAUAGCAAACAUCAAUGCCCAGCCAAUGUCCAGUGUCAAUCGGAGAAGAAUCAAAACUCAGAAAGACCACAACAACCCCAAACAACGCAGGAGAAUGGAGAGGAGCCCCAAGAUACAGGUGGCACUGAUGAGUGGAUUGAGGGUUUCAGUCCUGGAGGAGAAAAGCCUCACUACUGCUCCGACUGCAGUAAGAGCUUUAGAAAAGUGAGGGAUCUUAUAAGACACCAGCGAACACAUACAGGAGAGAAGCCUCACCACUGCCCUGAUUGUGAACAAAGUUUUGCUCGAUUAGAUCGUCUUAAGUCACACCAACUAACACAUACAGGAGUGAAGGCUCACCAAUGCCCUGAUUGUGACAAAAGUUAUUCUCAAUCGUAUCAUUUGAAAAGACACCACCAGCGAAAGCAUAUGAAAGGGAAAUACUUCCACUGCAAUCAUUGUGAGGAACUUUUCUCCAGACCUAAAGAUCUAAAGACGCACAUGCAUGUACAUGCUGGAGAAAAGGCAUACCUUCAGCAAGAAACUCAUACAGGUAAGAAGCCUUAUCACUGCUCCGAAAUAAACCAGUGCUCCGACUGUGGGAAGAGCUUUCGACAAGUGGGGGAUCUUAAAAGACACCAACGAACACAUACUGGAGAGAAGCCUUACCACUGCCCUGAUUGCGACAGAGGUUUCGGUCGAUUAGAUCGCCUUAAGUCACACCAGCUAACACAUACAGGAGUGAAGGCUCACCAAUGCCCUGACUGUGACAAAAGUUAUUCUCAAUCGUAUCAUUUGAAAAGACACCACCAGCGAAAGCAUAUGAAAGGGACAUUCUUCCACUGCAAUAUUUGUGAUGAACUUUUCUCCAAACCAGAAGAUCUAAAAACACACAUGUAUGUACAUGCUGGAGAAAAUGCAAACCUUCCACAAGACACUCAUGCAGGAAAGAAACCUUACCACUGUUCAAGGUGUGAUAAACGAUUUCCUGACAUGGCAAAACUAAGAUCACACCUUCCAGUACAUACUGGAGACCUUGCACUCCACUGUUCUGACUGUGGAAAGUGUUUCUUAAACAAGGCAAAGUUUGAAAGACAUCAAAGAACACACACUGGAAGUGUACUAUACCUUUGCACUGACUGUGGGGAGGGUUUUACAAACAUGCAACAGUUGGAAAGGCACCAGCGAAUGCACACUGGAGAGAAACCAUACCACUGCACUGAUUGUGGGAAGAGUUUUGCUCUUGAAAAAACAUUUAAGUGUCACAAGCAAGCACACAAGUUCAAACUCUCUGGAGAAAGAGCAGCCUAUCCUUGCUCAGAAUGUGGAAAUACUUUUUCUCGUUCAUGUGACGUGAUGACUCAUGUGAGAAGGGUGCAUAAUAAAGAGAGACCUUUCCAGUGCUCCUGCUGUGGAAAAAGAUUUUUCCAAAAGAACUCUCUUACAAUACACAUGAGAAGUCACACUGGAGAGAAACCGUACCACUGCUCAGACUGUGGACAAAGCUUCUCCCAAAUUAAUGACAGAAAACGGCACCAGAAGAGGCAACACUCUGGAGAGGAGACGACCUCUAUUCUGCAGUCUGAAAAGAAAUGUCACAGAGACACUCAAUAAGAAAGGACUACUACAACAAAGACACAAAAAUGCAAUAUAGUAACAGUAUCACUGUUAUUGCUUUAUUUAUUUUAUACUUUUUCGAACACUU